GUUAAAAUUAUAGGGUCACCGCUCAUUUUGUAGACUCUUUGUCCUUUUUUUUUCCUUUAUUAUCCUUUUCUUUCUUUACCCUUUGAAUUUGAUGGUGGAUCUCUGAAGAAAUUCUUGUUACCCUUAAAGCUUCUCUUAAAGUGACAAUUGAAAAAGCAUCAAGCAUCUUUUCUCUCUGGAGCUGGUGUUGAUUAGUUGAAAAUCUCCAGAUAAAAUAAUUAUUUUACCUUAUCUUUUCUUUUUCUAGGUUUUCAGAUCUCAGUUCCUUCACGCAUCCAAAAAUAUGCCUCAGAUCUGCUUCACUCGUGAAUCGAGUGAUCGACAAGAAAUGUAUUUUGCGGAGAUGCAAAGAAGAAAGGAUAGCUUAUCUUCUACAGCACUAAACGAAAUAGCUGAAGAUCUGAUACCAGAGAAAGAAGGGGAACUCAUAGAUAAUCUAGCAAAUAACGUUAUCGACGAGUUAAUUCAUCUAGGACUGCUGAUAGAAACAUACACAGAGUCACAUGAUGGGCCUGAUAUUGACUUUAAUGAAUCAUAUGUAAAUUUAUGCGUUGUCGAGGUGGAUGAAGUGGAAUUUUUGGCUGAAGCUGCGAAUUUACCUGUACGAGCUAUAAUACAUCAUUACGGGAACAAUAUUCCUCCUCCUGAUUUCAAAACCCUUCAAAUUCGUUCUCUAUUUUUGGAUUCACUAUUUGGAUUUUCUCGGGCCUAUAUGGAAACUAUUUGCAAGUUGCAAUAUUUAUUGGUGUUAAGUUUGGAUGGCGACCUUGGGGAGGGAUUACCUGACGAAGUGGGUGACUUGUUUAACCUGAGAUAUUUGAGGUUGAGUUCUUUAGAAAUGGAUGAACUUCCACAGACAUUAGGCAACCUUCAAAACCUACAAACUUUGGAUAUAGACAACUCUGAAGAGGGAAUUAGAGUUCCAAGUGGAAUUGGAACAUUGAAAAGUCUUCUUACUUUAGGUGACGUAUAUGCUGGAGGCGUCACUGCCAGUGAACUAAGCUCGUUAACCCAACUGCAACAACUCAGUGUUUUCUCUGUGUCUGAAGAUAAUUCCACCCAACUAUUUGCAGCCAUCACGAAGAUGGAAAAUCUUGUCUCCUUGUCACUCCAAGCAGAUGAAUGGGACUCCUUUCAUUCAUCUGUUCUAGAUUUGGAAUCAUUUUCCCCUCCAUCUUCUAUUAAACAUCUGAGUUUAUGUGGUGCCCUUGUUGAAAUGCCUGCUUGGCUUGCCUCCAUGGAAAACCUCACUGUGUUACAUUUAAAUAAUUCCAAUCUAUUAGAGCCCCCAGCCCCUACACUUCAAUUUCUUCCCAAAUUAAAGGUUCUUCAUAUAGAUGGUGCUUAUAAAGUACGCUGCAUCGGUAAAGAGUUCUGUGACGCAGGUGGGUUUCCAAAGCUUGAAAAACUUACUUUCUCUGAUGAGGAUAUCCUAGUGGAGUGGACAGAGAUAGCCCGUGGAGCUUUUCUUAGUUUAAGGGAGCUUGAAUUUUGGUCUUGUCCAAAGUUGAGGUUUCUUCCAGAAGGCUUACAGAAUAUUUCUAGUCUUCAGGUGUUGAAUUUGUAUGAUACACAUAUGGAACUUGAAAGGCGAUUAUUGGGUGAAGAGAGUUACAAGAUCAAGCAUAUUUCAAAAGUCAACAUCAAUCGCUGAAAACGCGAGAGAAUUCGUACAAAAUAAGUUAGAAAAAAGAAAACUCUCAGAUGUUACUUUAUUUCAUUAGGUGAUUUUACGGUGGUAGUUAUUUUUUUUUUUUUAUAUAUAAGUUUUCUUUGAAUGACAAUUAAAAUAUCGUCUACUCCAGGAUGCAAUUCCAUAAUCAGAAUAUUUUUAUCCAGAAAGUUUUGGUUCUCUUUA